AUGGUGUAUCUAAUUUUCCUAUCCAUCAUGCUCAAGCGCAAGGCCUCCACCGAUGUGCAGCCAGGCGAUCAGCAAGUGCGCAAGCGCCAGAAGCAUUCUCCUGACACCAUCGCUCCCACCAAUGUCACCAACUUUAACUCCACAAAAGCUCUCAAGUCACACAAGGACGUACUCAAGUCCAAGCGCGCCGAUCUUGCGAAUCUCCACAUCAUCCAGACCGAUCUCAAGAAGCUACCCAAUGAUCGAGGAUACGUAGGAACGAAGGUCGUCAAGCACAUCAUCGCGAAGAGCGAACGCCAGAUCAAGACCAACGAAUUCAUCGUGACGGACUUAGAAGAGCAUGCCGAUGAUAGCGUCUACCACAAUCUCCCAUCACAUAUCAACCAGGUCGCAAUGCGCACCAUGGAGAGAUACGCCCACCAGAAUCCUCGCCACCGCGUCGAUGAGUUCUAUCAGGAGGUCGCAACCGCUAUAAUGGAUACCGCUUUGCUCAAAGGAGACAUGGAUGUCAUCGCUCGCUUCGACAAGAAGGAGAAGGCCAAGUGCGAUACCGAAAAGGCCAUCGAUCAUCUACUAGGACGCCUUGAAGACACAACAAUCCUGGGGUCGUUUCAGACUCAGGUCUACUCGACCCUCCUCAAGACUAUGAAGGGGAAAUCAGACGGGCCAGCUAUGGAACUGGUGAAGGAGAUCACUAGCAUCAUUGAGAUGGCCUUGAACACCGCGCCCAAAGUCAAGACCCAGCCUCUCGUGGAGAAACCAGAUAUCAUUCAGCUCACGAAUACUGUGCCAUCUUCCGCGUCUACGAGCAUUUCACCCUCGCAUCGAGGGUCCUCGGUCUCGCAGGGUGUUGAGGACUCCUUCACGUCGGUAGAGACCGAGGAUUACCGAGAGGUUUCUCCGAUGGAUGAAGACAUGAAACGUCUAGCUGGAACUACCCGAAGUGGCACGCGUAGAUCUACAACAGUGAAGCCUUCCUCUACUCAGAAGCCUGAUAAGGCCGCUGCAUCGACCCCUCGCACUCAGACAGGUCGCAUCCCCGGACUUAUGUACACCAAGCGACCCCAUCUCAAGACCAGGGCGCCGCAAGCUUCUAAGAAGAACUGA